AUAGCUUCAUUUUCUGUGUCUGGUUUAAACUCCAUAAAGAGGCAUACUUAGAGGAUCGCUUCGGUUUCAAAGGUCACAUGUUUGGGUCAUCUCUCCAGACCGAACCAAUGGCCUGCUCGGACUAAAAGCUGAGAUCAGCCUGCAGAGGAAUGUAGCUUGUCACUGGAGCUGGGCAAUGCACUGCUGCUAAUGAUUGUGUUCACAGAGCAGAGUGUGGAACAGUUGGCUUUUUUUUCCUUUUAUUAAUUAAUUUUUCCCUACCAGCAAGUUGGAUCAUGCACAUCUCACAGGUGCUCCAGGGAUUAGAGAGUUGAACAAAUGGCACGUCAGCUCCGCUUGCAUUUCGCAUCAAGAAGAAGCAACACGGACCCCCUGUCUGAAAGCGUAUGCUGCCAUGGUGAAGAGAGCGGAGUCGGUGUGUCAGCGGACGGCCCCGCAGAGAAUCUGGCGCACAGCUCUGUCCACUUGAAGGUGACUCCUCAGUCACCAGAGUUGGCCUGCAGUCAGAGCUCUUCACUGUUCAUAUCUAGGGUUAACCCUGGAGGCUGUAACCAAAAGAGUGUGUUGCAGAUUUCGCUGCAGCCAUGUGGAAAACCAAGCGGAGAUUUUGAAGCAAGCAUAGACGAUGCAGGUGACUGUGGAGCAGGUGCCUGCUCUGACGGAGGCUCGUGCAACAGCAGCAUGGCCAGCGACGCCGGGUACUGCAGCAGCAGCAGCAUCUUUGAGCCAGAGUUCCCAGAAAAGCACAGGAGCAACCAUGAGAGGACCCAAGCCUCCCGCAGGUCCAAGGUCCCUCUGCGGCGGUGCUCUUCCUUGGUUAUUAUUCCAAAGAGUCCUUGCAGCACUCCGCCUGCUUCUCCUUUAGGACCUUCGGCUCAGUUUACUCUGCCCCCAUUAAGGGGAUCUCAUCAGCCCGUUCUCCGGGGAUCUGCCAGUGAAUUCUUCCAAGCAGAUGAUGCAGUUAUAAGUAAAGAGCCGUGUGUCGCUGCUUUAAGUGGCCACAAUCAGAGUAAGGGAAGCUAUUCUUCUGAGUUAAGGGACUCAAAACAUACAGUGCACUUUAACAUCCCUUUAAAAGAUGAACCAACGUGCAAAUUGGAUGAAAGGACCACAGGCAUGGAGCUGUCGUCUAAUCUCCACUCUAGCAGUGUGAUGUUGCGUUUUGCCAACCAGAAACCAAUACUAUCGGCAAAGAGAGCUGCAGCCAAUGCACAACACCCUGAUGCAUAUCACCAAGGUGAACUCUCCGAAAGACGAGACGAAACUCACAAAAAACUGUAUCGGAGUACCUCUGCUUGUUUAUGUUCCUCAAAUAAACAACCGGAGAAAAACAGAAAGGUGUGUUCAUCAGGGAAGGGUCAAGGCAAACACUCCCAUCAAGCCAUACAGAGGAGCUUUUCGCUUGAGGUGCCUUAUGCUAACACAGGGAUUUCAUGUCACGUUUCCAACCCAAAGCUGAGCAGCCCUAGUUCUCCCCAUGUACACAUUCAUUUGUCUCCUUGCUUCCCUGCAAAAGUGCCAGCUACUCCUCAUGACUUUAAAACAAGUCGAAAAGGAGAGACACGCGAUGACUUUCUCGGACAGGUGGAUGUGCCCCUAAAUCAGAUACCGACAGAAAAUCCUAACUCACAAAGGCCAUACACAUUCAAGGAUUUUCUGCUCCACCCACGAAGUCAUAAGUCCAGAGUCAAAGGUCAUCUGCGCCUUAAAAUGACCUACUUGCCAAAGAACUCCGGCUCAGAAGAGGAAUCAGCAGAUCCGACAGAGGAGACAGAACAUGGCUGGGAGUUUCUGGGUCAGGACACUUCAGGUCCCAGACAGAGCCAGCUGCUUCCUCCUCUGCCUCCUGGCUGGGAGGAACGGCAGGACAAUCUCGGAAGAAUCUUCUACGUCAACCAUGUGACCAGAACUAUGCAGUGCCACAGACCCACAAUACAGGAAAGCAAUGGUGAAAGUCACAGACCACAGAACUAUAACGUUGAUGCGGAGCAUGCCUUGAAUACACGCAGACAGAUCUCCGACCAUGAUGAGACCACCAUCCCACACGAGCCUCCAGAGAGCUGGGAGAUCAUUGCAGUGGAUGAAUCCACAUUGUAUCCCAGAAACAAUCAUGUCCCUCCAUCCCAUGAGCCUCCAGCGUUCUCGUCUCUCAGUAACGAGAGCAGCAACCAUCGCGCCUCACGAUCCUCAGCUAGAGAGCUCCGCAGUGCCCAGAAUAAUCACACUAGUAAUUCAAACCAUUCCAGCCUCAGAGAAAGUGCUUCAGUAAGAGAGGAGCUUCCUGUAAGUCCCGUGUCGCCUCCAACAUCAGCUCAGUUGCCUCCAGGCUGGGAGGAGAAGCGUGACAAAAAAGGAAGACGGUACUAUGUCAACCACAACACCCGAAGCACCACAUGGGUGCGACCUGUUUUUCAGAUUUCUCCAGAGGAAACAGCCGCAGCACCCACUGGAUCAGCUCAGCCCCAGAACCUCGGCUCACUCUCCCAGCCACAGCUCAGACCUGGAGAGUCGUCUCAGUCCAGGCCGACUGCAGAGGCCACCACACCGGAGACUGGAUCCUUACCCCCGGGUUGGGAGGUGCGCAGCGCCCCUAAUGGAAGACCGUUUUUUAUUGAUCAUAACACAAAGACGACCACCUGGGUAGAUCCAAGGCUUAAGGUUCCUGUGCAGAUGAGAAGGACCGGCUCCCUUGACCCCAAUGAUCUGGGCCCUCUACCACCUGGUUGGGAGGAAAGAGUUCAUAGUGAUGGGAGGAUAUUCUACAUAGAUCACAACACUAAGACCACACAGUGGGACGAUCCCCGAUUACAGAACUCUGCUAUAACUGGUCCAGCUGUGCCUUACUCUAGAGACUACAAACAGAAGUAUGACUAUUUCAAGAAGAAGCUGAUCAAACCGUCCGACAUCCCAAACCGCUUCGAGCUGAAGCUGAAACGUAGCUCUGUGCUAGAGGACUCCUACAGACGCAUCCUUGGAGUGAAGAGGCCAGAACUGCUGAAAGCUCGACUCUGGGUGGAGUUUGAGGGAGAAAAAGGUCUGGACUAUGGAGGUGUGGCCAGAGAGUGGUUCUUCCUCAUGUCCAAAGAGAUGUUCAACCCGUACUAUGGACUGUUUGAGUAUUCUGCCACAGACAACUACACUCUGCAGAUUAACCCCAACUCCGGUUUGUGUAAUGAAGACCACCUGUCUUACUUCAAGUUUAUUGGUCGGGUGGCUGGCAUGGCGGUGUUUCACGGCAAACUACUUGAUGCAUUCUUCAUUCGGCCUUUCUACAAAAUGAUGCUGCAGAAGCCCAUCACACUGCAGGACAUGGAGUCUGUUGACAGUGAGUACUUUAACUCCCUAAAGUGGAUUUUGGAGAACGACCCAGAAGACCUGGACUUGAGGUUCACCAUUGAUGAGGAGCUGUUUGGAGAGACUCACCAGCAUGACCUAAAACCAGAUGGCUCAGAGAUUGUUGUCACCAAUGAAAACAAGGACGAAUAUAUCGACCUGGUGAUGCAGUGGAGAUUUGUGAACAGAAUCCGGAAACAGAUGACAGCUUUCAAAGAUGGAUUCUUUGAGCUCAUACCAAAGGAUCUGAUCAAGAUCUUCGAUGAGAAUGAGCUUGAGCUGCUCAUGUGUGGGCUUGGAGAUGUGGAUGUGAAUGAUUGGAGGCAGAACACCAAGUACAAAGGUGGUUACUGUGGUGACCACGUAGUUAUCCAGUGGUUUUGGAAAACUGUAUUACUGAUGGAUGCAGAAAAGAGAAUCCGGCUCCUACAAUUUGUGACAGGAACAUCCAGAGUCCCAAUGAAUGGCUUUGCUGAGCUCUAUGGGUCUAAUGGACCACAGCUGUUUACCAUUGAGCAAUGGGGCACGAGUGAUAAACUUCCCAGGGCCCACACAUGCUUCAACCGCCUGGAUCUUCCACCUUACGAGUCCUUCGAGGAGUUAAGGGAGAAGCUCAACAUCGCUAUUGAGAACGCGCAAGGCUUCGAUGGGGUAGAUUGAAGAGCGUGUCUGGACAAGGGGAGCUGACAUUGCUGCAGUCAGAAUGGAGCCGAUGAGGAUCUGAGCCUGCCAGCUGUGUGAGAGAUGAGGAGAAAACCACAUGGCCAUCCCUUGGUCCACUGCUGGAGCACACAGGAAGAAAAAAAGUGACGGAUAUUUCUAUAUCCACAUCCUUUAAAGUUUACAAAUCAUAUCUUUUUUUUAUAUGGAGUCGCUCAGAGGUGUAUGUAUUUACUUGUAUUUGUUCUGCUUUAAUGCUCCGUUGUGUUAGAGGUUGAUUAUUGUUAGCUUAUAUGAAUAAAUACUGUGAAUGUGAUCUUGGAGACGAGCUAUAAAUUCAUGCCUUGCUCAAUGAAGAUGUCUCAGGCUUUGGUUUGGAAUAUUACAUCAGCAUCCUGCUUUAGGAAAGGGAUCUGACUAUAAAAUACAU